CAUAAAAUUGAAAACAAAAUCAGUUAAGUAUAUUUUUUAGUCCCUUAAUUUCAAUGUGUUUUCCUUAUUGUCACAAUUACUACUAUUCUACACAAUAUGGCUGUAUUCAAGAGAAAACUUGCAAUGAGUUCUGGUGGCCACACUAAUCCAUUAGUUUGGUUAGCAGCUAUAAUCUGCACAAUUUUUGCUAUAGCUGUGAUUAUUAUUGGCAUUAUAGUGUUCAUUGGUUACAUAAUGAUUCAUCCAAGAAUACCUAUAAUCAGUGUCACUAGUGCUCAUUUAGAUCUUCUAAGAAAUGAUUAUGCUGGUUUACUUCAAACUCAAUUAAGCAUUGUUGUGACUGCUAUUAAUGGAAAUGCAAAAGCUCAUGCACAAUUUUCUGAGAUAACAUUUAGUCUUAGCUUUCAAGGUCAAGGAAUUGCUGUGCUCGUUGCUGAUUCGUUCGAUGUGCCGAAAAAUAGUACAAACAAUCUUCGAUAUGUUGUUCAAUCAUCACCAAUACCGUUAACGCCUGAACAAAUGGAUGAAGUUGAUGCGGCGCGGAAAAGUAAUGAGAUUAGUUUUGAUUUUAAGGGUGCUGCUAGGACUAGAUGGAGGAUAGGUCCUUUUGGUUCUGUUAAAUAUUCUUGUCAUUUGAAUUGUCACCUCAAGUUUCGUCCAUCGAAUGGAAGUUAUAUACCCUCCAAGUGUUCCUCCAAAUCAAAAUAAUUCUUUGUUACAGAUAGGUUCACAUCCUCUUCUUUUUUCUAUUUUUGUUUUUUUGUUGUCUUCACUAUUUGGAGGAAAGAAGUCUAGAUAUUUUAGAAUUUGACCGAAAGAUAAGUAAAAUUUAGUUAAUAAUUGUUUUAGUCAGAAUUUGAACUCGGAAUUAUUAAAAUGAUUUGUCCUCAAUUA